AUGGUUUAUGAUGUUCAUGUGUGGCUAUGUUACAGUCUGAAGUCGCUCCAGCAAAACCGGUCUUCAUCAGCGCAUCUUCGGCCUUAUGGUCCAGUGUAUUCUGUGCAGUCGACAGCAUAUGCUGUGAAGCGGAGCGGCAAGUCCGUUGACGGCUCCUACGAGGACCAGCUAGAAAAGGCCACUAGACUCAGCAGCGAAAUGAACACAUAUAAUCAGUCUGGUCGGGUGUCAUUGUAUGGUUCGUACUGGAAUUUAAAUAACUCUCCCAACUUGAAUCUCUCAACGAAUCGGCAAUAUUCUUCACAGUAUAAUGGGUACAACCCAUCGGUAAGUUCUUAA